CAUUAUAAAUAGUUAAAAUUGUAAAAAUGCCACAAGAAAAUAGCUUCAGAACAACAUUAAGUAGCUAUAUCUCAAUCAAGUUACCAAAAAAAACAUAUUUAAUGGAUCUUAAUUAUUUUAAAACUUAGUGGUAAAAUCUGCCAAUUUAUUAAGAAUGACCCAUAUAAUAUAACACAUAUAUACGUAAUUAUUGUUGUCACACAAUUUAAUUUCUGCUAUUCAAACCGAACAUUUUAUAAACAUUUAUCAAAUUUUCUCGAUAAAAAAUUUGAAAUUAAUUUUUAAUCAUUGUUGGAUUCAACAAUAAUCGUAAAGGCCAACAUUGUCAGUAGGUUUAGGUUUUGAAAUUAUAAAAAGGAGAAGUGAAGUUGAUUAACCAAACAUAACCUCACUUUCUAAAAAAUUUUAUUUAUUUUGUCAAAAUGAUCUAACUUUCGCAAUAAUACACAUCACUUUCAACAAUUUAUUAUUUAUUGCAACAUUACUCUAUGUAUCAACCAAUAUAAUUAUUGUUGAUAUCAAAAACAAUGGCCCAAGAUGAAGCAAAAACUUGGGUAGGAAGCAGCCUCUCUCAAAUUUGCAAUAACAAAGAAGUGUGGAGUUUUAAUGUUUGUCCUGUUACCGUUUCGAAGAAUCAUGCCGUAUUAUUUAGACUUCCAGUGACCUUAAAAGAUGCUCCGGAGCCGUACAAAAACUCAGAGCCCCAUUAUUGGGACAAUGACCAUGUUAGAAUGCCUUAUUCAGAAAAAAGUUUGUUUCCAGUUGAAGAAGACGGCGUAGAAGUUGUUAAGUUACGCUGGAAUUUGAUUGAAGAAUCUCUUCUUCGGCCUAUUCGUAGUAGCCUAGAACUAGAAGCUGCCAUUCGCACAUACAAUUCAUCUCUACCUGAAUUUACAGCUCUUCACAGUUACUUUGAACAAUUAGAGGAAGAAGAAAGCGACGGAUUUUUCAAAGAGUUAUUACCAAAAAUGAUAUCAUUGGCAUUAAAUUUACCACAAAUAUUACCAGGGAACUUGCCCUUGUUGACACAAAAUCACAAUAAAUCUGUAAGUUUGUCUCAGUUACAAAUUGCUUCACUACUCGCAAAUGCUUUCUUCUGCACUUUUCCCUGGAGAAAAUCUACCGCAAACACAUACCCUGGCGUUAAUUUCAUCACAUUAUUCAGAGCUGAUAGACGACCAAAUAGACUAUUUUGCAUUUAUGAAAAGUUUAAGUGUAUGUUUAAUUAUUUCCGAAUGGUAACUUCCUCAGUGCCAGUGGGUGUUGUGACCUUCGAAAGGAAGUAUGUUCCUAAAACUGAAAUACCCAGGUGGGAUUCCCUGGAUAACAGUAUAGGCCACAUAAAAGUCCACAUUGACAGUUCAGGUACUAUUGAAGAUAAUGGAUUAGGGUUUCUGCAGGUUGAUUUUGCCAACAAGAACGUGGGAGGAGGAGUUUUGGGAUAUGGCUGUGUUCAAGAAGAAAUCCGGUUUGUCAUUUGUCCAGAACUGAUCAUUUCAAGACUGUUUGUUGAACAACUAACUGAUCUUGAAGCUGUUGUGAUAACAGGUAUUCAAAGAUACAGCAACUAUUCAGGAUAUGGAGACAGCUUCGUAUGGGAAGAACCAUGCAAAGACCAAACACCCUAUGACGAAUAUGGAAGAAGAAGAACCAGUGUCUGUAUUAUAGAUGCCACCAAAUACAACAAAGUCUCCCAACAGUUCUAUCCUUCGGCAAUGCUAAGAGAAGUCAAUAAGGCCUAUGUAGGCUUUAGUUCCAAAGAUAAAAACAACUUGGCCCCAGUUGCAACUGGCAAUUGGGGAUGUGGUGCUUUUAAUGGUAGCUUGUAUGUUAAGGGUCUACUACAGUUGAUGGCCUGUAGUGCUGCAGGAAGGCAUUUAGUUUAUUACACAUUUGGAAACACCGAAUUUAGAGAUGAAUUUUACAAAAUGUACACAUUUUUAGCAACCAAUGAUGUAAAAGUUGAACAAUUGUGGAAAUUAAUAUGUGGUUUUGUUCUUUCGAAAAAAUCUGAAGAAUAUUUCUACCCAUACAUCCAACAGGCUUAUUUUGACAGCAGAAGACAAACUUCAAUCAAGAAUUUUUUCAAGCCAGAAGAUCCUGGACCAUCAACUUCAGCAUUUAAAUCAAAAAAGUUCUCUUUUGGCAAAGUAAAUCGCCAAAAUGAUAAAGAUUUGGAUAUUGUGCUAAAUAGUCCUGACCUCUUUGAAAAAUUUUUCUCUGACAGUCCCACAGAAGACGAAUCCAUAACAAAAAAGAAAAAAGUCACUAAUGGUUUAAAACUACCUCAGCAGAAUGAUAGUAUUGGAGAUUUAAUAGAUGGUAUAGACAGUGGUAGAUUCUAUAAACAGAAUUCAAGAUUACCCCAACAGAAAUAUGUACAGAACGAUAUUGGAGAUCUUAUAGACAGUAUGGACAAUAGUCGGACUCGUAAACACAAAGACCAAGAUAAUCAGAAAUAUGUACAGGAUGAUAUCGGGGAUCUUAUAGACAGUAUGGACAAUAGUCGGGCUCAUAAACACAAAGAACAACAAGAUAAUAUUUCCGAUUCUUUACUUAGUUUCGUAGAUACACUUCGUCGGAAAACAGCACAAAGCGAACCAAAGAAGAUCGAGCAGAUGGAAAUAGAUACUGUUGAAGAUACUUCAGAUGUAGUUAUGGAAGCGAAAGUGAAAAAUAAAAUUACGGAAUAUUUUCAGAAAGUUCCAUAGCGAUUGUACUAUGCCUUUUAUUAUUUAUAAAUUAAUAGAUUCGAAUUUAUAUUUAAGGUGAUACAGUAGCGAUCAACAGGUAGCAACAAACGCGGUCCAAGAUUGCGAAAGUUCUGCAAACUUUCAAAAGUGAGGCAACAGUGCGUCGGUAAUUCGACACUGACAGUGACGUUUAUACUAUCAAAAACAAUAAUUUUUAUACACAUAGGCGCGAAAUGUUGCCAAGUCAGUGACGUUGGAUUUAUUGUUAUAAAAAAAUCGAUUUUUAGUAGUUCCAAUGUGACACAAAAUCUAGGCACGGUAUUAAUGGCGGUACAGGCUCCUUUUUGCAAUAUUUUAUUUAGUUAUAGAGUAAUUUCCACAUACUAACAUAUUUCUGAAAUUGGGCUCUGUACCGUCAUUCUUUAUUAUAUUACGAAUAAGUGUGCCAAAUAUCUCGACAAAAUAUUCAAAAUUACAGCCGCGGUCUUGGAACGCGUUUGUUGCUACCUGUUGAUCGCUACUGUUUCCUCUUAAUUGUUUCGUCACAGCUUUUUUACAUCAAGAAAAAUAAAAUAUUUUUCUAGUUU